AACUGGUGUAGCUAAGAGUAGCUGAUUCAGAUUCAUGGGCUGUAAGCCUUUUACCAUAAUUUAUCAACUUCUGAAAAUGUUAUAAAUAGAUACUCAAGAGUUUAUAAUCUUAUUCACUCAUUCAUUGUUGGGUGCUCUGACUGGUUGUUGCAAUUAGGGAAUUAUUUCACAUACUGCAAUAAUUAAGAGUUAAGACAAUGAGCUAUAACAGAUCAAACAUAGGUUCUGGUAGUAGGAAUGUCGGAAGGAACACAUUUGAGUUUGGAAGGACUUAUGUGGUCAGGCCAAAAGGAACCCACCAAGCAACUAUCGUUUGGUUACAUGGCAUUGGUGAAAUGGGAUCAAGUUGGUCCCAAUUCUUGGAAUCUUUGCCUCUUCCAAAUAUCAAGUGGAUCUGCCCAACUGCCCCAAGUCGUCCGAUAGCUUUAUUUGGUGGAGCACAGUCUACUGCAUGGUUUAAUGUUGAAGACAUGUCAGAGAAUGCUACUGAUGAUGUGGAGGGAUUAGAUGCUUCGGCAACACAUAUUGCAAAUAUGCUGACCAACGAGCGUGAUGAUAUUAAACUAGGUGUUGCUGGCUUUAGUAUGGGAGCUGCUAUGGCUCUCUACUCUGCUACAUGUCGUGUUCUUGGGCAAUAUGGUAAUGGAAACCGAUACCCAAUCAACCUUAGUGUGGUUGUGGCUCUUAGUGGCUGGCUUCCAUGUUCCAGGAUCGUAAGGAGCAGAGUUCAUGCCUCACAAGAGGCUGCAAGACGUGCAUCAUUACUACCUAUUUUGCUCUGCCAUGGACAAGUUGAGUAGAUAAAACUAAUUCUAGUUGGAGAUUGUUCAAGCUUGAUAUUAUUGUUGGGCCCCUUUAUCUACCAGCUUCAGCUUCUAGAUGUUGGUGACUUGACAUGGUAUCAGAGCUCAGGUUUUGCAAGAUCUAUGGGUUCAAUACUUCAAUUCCUACCGCUUACCUUUGCAUUAUGUUAGUGAUGCACGUUUGCGUUCUGGUAAGGAAAUAUUGAAGUACUAUUUGGUUCUCUACUACCAGCUUGACCUCCUCCAUGUACGUGCAUGGUGACAUUGGAGGGGGACUGUUCAAGCAUGAUAGCAUUGAUGUAACAACUUAAGUAUAUACAUGAGUUCAAUUGCAAUAAACACAUGGCUAGCUUAGGUAUGUGAAAAGUAAAUUGUUUUUGACAUUUUAUUCCAAUGGGAGUCUAUACCAAUUGUCCAAACGAUAUGUAAACACAUGUCUCUUACAAAGUCCAGUUUGAGUUUGUAUGUUGGGAAAUUCUCCCCAACAAAAAUAAUGUAUGGUUAAUUGAUAACUCAUUAUGUGGUUAUUGAUUGCAACUAGUGUACUUCUCUUAAAGGAGUAACCACAUUUUUGUUUAUACUUUAUCAUUUUGGGUACCGGCAAUUUUGAGUUGUCAUGUAUGAAAUAUAAGAAGAUUAUUACUCUAGUACUUAAUUAUUUUCCUUUUAUGUCAUAUAGUUUUAUGUUUCUAACCGGUUGAAGGGAUAUAUAUAGUUGGUUUUUUCUUGUAUUGGCACAAUAUGGUUCUUCAAGCUUGGUAUGUCAAUGAGUUUGGUGUUGAUAUAGAUCAGGUAUGAUAUGAUUCACUUAUGUGAUCAAAUAUUGAUCCAACAAUCCACUUAGUUGAUUGACCCGUUUAAACGAGUCAAUAUUAUGGUCAACCAUAAUUAUGUACAUGUGUGUAAUGGUCCACUGGAAAAAUUGGAAAUAAGAGUUCUACUUCUUUAAUAAUAAACCUCAAUCCCCCAUUCUCCCUUUUUAUAUAUCUCAUACAUUACCCCCUUAAUUCCUCCUCUCUUUUUAU